GGGUCCGCACAGACGGCAGUAGGCGGCCAUCGGCGCACGCGCCGCCUCGCGCCUCCCGGAUUCAAACGUACCGGCCCGUUUACAACUCCGCGCUAAAAUUAACCGCUCGCCGCAUUCAUAUCUGCAUGUUCCCUGUUCCGCCUCGAAUAUACGCGACGUGUCACAUAAACCCACCAUGUGAAAAGCGAUACUAGUGCCACAGUGUCAGACGUGAGCCGCGGGGAAAACGCCCGCCCCCUGCACACAGGAAGUAAAUAUAAUAUCGUGCGGUUAGCAUCGGACCUCCGAUAUGAAUCCACCGUCGGCGUUGCACGGGGCGAUGAGCCGGGAGAGGAAACCGUUCUCUUACCUCCCGGGAGGGCUAGACCUCUCGCAGAUAAAAUCCGAGCGUAUGGCGCAGAGGUUGAUGAGGAACGCCAUGAACCAGGGUGUUCCUGAAGUGCCGGUGAAUCCGAUUCAGUCACCGCCAACUCCGUCCACUCCAGUGCCUGUACCUAACUACAGUUGCUUGCCGGUUCAAGUCUUGCCAUCCGGUUUUACGUUGCCGGCCAAUCCUAAGUCGUUACUGAGGUCGAGAAGUAACCCGAGUCGUGAAUCUCAGAAAGUGCCACAGGCGCCGCAGUUCAUGAACCCUCAACCGCUCAUUGCGCAAGUUCAGAAUAACAUAAACAAAACUGCGCCGCAGCUUUCCCAAACAAACACAUACAACAACAGACCCGUAUCGAUGUUUGAAUAUGGUUAUUCGCCAAAUAAUAGCACAGUGAGGACAAGCUAUGGAAGUGAUGGAUAUACGGCGCCAGCAUUGCCAGAAAUGUGUUUUGAGGCGGAAUAUUUUACUACACCAAAUCUGACCCAUCAGACCGAGGAAAACAAAGACUCUUCGCUACCCUUUUCCUCUCAACAAAUCAUGCAAUCAACAGACUCAAUAAAAGAAAUAAAAACUGAACCUAAAGGACAUUUACUGGAUUUAAAUGCUAAUUUAACUUGUAGCUAUCACGGAGAUAAAAAACCAACCUCAAAUAAUAAUAAUGAAAAUGGUCAAACGCCGGCAUUUUCAGAAAUAAGCAAUGCAACAGGAUUAAGUAUUGACUCGGUAUCAUUUGAUAAUAAUAUAAAAGCAAGAAGUCCGUUAACAUUACAAAGUGAGGAUAUUAUCCCAACAAAAAUACUAGAAAAUGUCUCUGUUGAUAUGGAUGAAAAUAACAAAUCGAAUGUUAUAGUGGAAGUACCCGAUAAUGAUGUGACUAUAACAGUACAUGAUCCUUUAGAAACUAAACCUGUUGCAGAUCUGUCGGACAUCAGUGACGAUCAGAAACAAGUGAAAGUGGUCAAAAAGCAAGUUAAAAAGGAAAUCAAAGUUGAAGAGUCAGCUACAAAUGUCGAAGAUCAAAAUGGCGACGCCGAGGCAGAGUUGGUCGUUAAGUUGCCGGCUAAAAAGUCAGGCACAAAAGUCGAAACAAGAGUUGAAGUUAUGAAAAAAAGUUUACCCGAUGGUUCAGUAGAGGAAACAACCAAGACAAUUACUAAAACUACUACCGAUGGCAAGACAUCCAUCAAAACCAAAACUGAAACUAGAAUUAUUCCUAAAGAAGAACACUCUGAGGAAGAGGUUGAAGAAGAAGAAGAAGCAGAAGAAGAAGUAGAAGAGCCACAACCCGUAGUUGUUAAAGAAAAUGGCCACAAGGAAGUAACUGUACACAAAACAGAAAGCACGGUAACUACGACAUCUAAAAAAGUAGUAGAAGUACAAUCCAAUGAUCAAGAAGAGGAGGAAGAAGAAGAGGAAGAGGAAGAAGUUAUUGAACCUAUCAAAGAGAUUAAAGCAGUUGUAAAAACUGCUGAAAAAGUUGAAGUCAAACAAGCAGAGGCCGAUCACGAGGAAGAAGAAGAAGUAGAAGAAGAAGUUGUCGUAAAAAAACCCGUUCCAGCCCCUGAAGCAAAAUCUGAGCCUAAACAGGAAGAACAAGUGGAGGACGAAGAGGAAGAGGAGGAGGAGGAGGAGGAGGAAGAAGUAGUUGUUGUCAAAAAGCCUGAACCCGUAGAAAAUAAACAAGAAGAAGUUACAAAGAAAACGGAGGAAGAAGAGGAAGUAGAAGAAGAGGAAGAAUAUGAAGAAGCCGAGGAGGAGGUAAAAGCAGAUGCUAAAAAACUGGAAUCAAAGCCCGAGCCAGAACCAAAAUCGAAACCAAGGGAAGAAGAUGAAGAAUCUGAAUAUACAGAAGAAGAAAUAGAAUCGGAGCCCGAGGAGGCGCCCAAACCAACUCCAGUUGAAAAAGAAGAACCUAAACCUGAACCAAAACCAGAGCCGAAAGAAGAAAAGCCAGAACCCAAGGAAAACAAACCUGAGGCCCCAGUACCGGCAGCACCACAACCAGAACCCAAGGUGCCAUUAAGAGAACCAUCGAUCCCGCUUGAAAAGGUGGAAGAUAUCGAAAUUAAACCAAUAGGUGAGUCUCAAACAGUGUCAAGAACUCUCACGGAAAAUACCGAAAUUAUCAGAAACACUGCAGCGCCCACGAGCUCAUUAAGUACCCAAACAGAAUAUAACAGGGUUGAAAAUAUUGUCACUGUCAACCGCACAACCAAGACAUUAGACAAAGCCUAUGAACAAAUAACUCAAUCCGGGCCUCCUACAAUGAAAACCUACUUUGCGCCAAAUCGUGAGAGAGUUUCUAUUUCUCCAUCCAGGCCCUACCAACCUGCCUGCACUCCUGAACCACCAAAAACAGAGAGACGACACAGUCUGCUUUUAGAAAGGCUAAGCACAGAGCGCCAGAUGCCAGGUUCAGAAGUAUAUCAAAAUAACUACAACAGUCAGUAUAGCAAUCAAUCUAACAACCAAUCUUAUGACCAGCAAAAGUGGGCUCAUGAACCCCAAUCGGAAGUUGUUAAUGUCAGCAAUAUUAAGCCGAGUACAAUCUCCAAUUCCCAGUGGUACCAGCAAAACAGAAGUGAGAAUGUUCUAUAUAAUAAUGUGACGCCCACCACUGCCCCUCCCGCCAGCCAACUGUGGAACCAGCAGCAACCUCAGCCCCAGCCUCAGCCACAGCCUCAGCCACAGCCUCAGCCACAAUACCAGCCCUCAUACACUCAAAGUACACAAGACUACUCAAAAGUGUCAAACACCUAUCAACAGAAUAGUUAUCCAUCCUACACCCCCCAGCCCUCAGGCUGGGGCAACAACAACCUCAGCUCUGUUGACACCGUUCCAUCCAUUAACGUUCAAUCUAAUCAAUCUUACUCAUCCUACGAUACACAAAGCUACCAGAAGUCUUCACAGCAGUAUUCUUCUUCCUACGUUCCUCCUCCAUGGGAACAGGACCCCAACUACGUAGCUCCUAAUACAGCGAGCUUCUAUCAGCCAAGAGCAGACCUUCCUCAGCCACCACCCGCAACAAGUACAUUUAGCCCCAACACACACCCGGGAUGGACACCAACACCGCCUAAAACCAAGUUCUCCAAACCCCCUCCCAAAGCCUACGUGCCACCGGCGCCAAACCAAUCGUUCGUUAAAAACGUAAAUGUCGCAGAACCUCCUCCACAGCCUGGUCGCAAAACUUAUUAUAGCGAAUAUGAAAGACGUUACAUCACCGUUCCAGAAUCUAACUACGUACCCGGCGAGAGUAAAUUCCAAGCUCAACCCGACCCAUCGCCACAGUAUUAUUAUGAUAACAACGAGCAGCCAGCCGAGCCGGCGGAGCCACAGUGGCGGAAGGAGCUCAGGGAAUUUACAGAGAAGACGUCUCAGAGUCAAUACCAGACACAGCAAACGUCUGUAAAUCCGCCGUGGGAAUCCGAACCUAACUACGCCAAGCCCGCUACCCCGAACAUGAAAUAUACGCCUACCCCAUCCUGGAGCCAGACCCUUCAGCCGCAGUCGUGGCGCGAGAGGAGUUUCGAAUCGGAAUUGGUAUCUGAAUCUCAGGAAUGGGCAAAGAGUAAUACUUUGGGAAGAAACAGGCCAAUGAGUUCGUACGUAAAGAGUGCGGAGGCGCCCGCUCCGGAGAGGCCGCGCGGCGUGUCGGUGGACCGCUUCAACCCGAACAACUACAGCGGGCCAAUCCUGUCGGAGCACCAGCCCGUGCAGGGCCAGACCCUGACGCCGGCCAACGCUCCCCACUCGAAGGGUUAUCAUAACCCUAAUGUGCCUGCUUACCACGCACGUGCCUCAGCUGAACCUAGAGAGCAGUCGAACUACCACCACCCACGCACUUACGGCCUGGACUCCCGCGCCAGCCCCCUGCAGUCACGCUCCUUCAAAUACCUGCAGUGGAUCACGGGCACCGAGGAAUAGGCGCCAUAAUCUUAAGUUAAUUUACUGUAACAUAUGAACAUAAUUGCGACCACCUGGCACAUUUCGUAAAUACUUGAAAAGAAAACAUUUGCUGCGUUGCGAAAGCAACGCAUUCAAAUUUGUUGAGUAGAUUCGUACGCUUAGGUUACGAAAUCUGCCAUGUGAUAUAGUUUAACUCAUGUAAGAUGUAUAAAUCGAAACGAUCGAUGGUGUAAAUUUAGAUUUAAGGGUAGGCUCUGUUAGACUCUUAUCUCUAGCUACUGUACUUAUGAAUUUUCUCUUCUUUCACAAUAAUGAUACGGUUUCAAUAUAUACGUAACGCGUGAUUGCCAUGUUUAAUUAAUCGUUACAUGUACAGGUUUCGUAUUUUCUACUAUCGCUUCCAGUUAUCGUGAUAUAGAUGGACUAAGUAUUGCAGCUUUGUUUUAGAAAAUAAUUAAUAUUUUCUCUGAUUUAAUUCAAAAAAUUAAUUAGAAUAAUUAACAGAGAAUAAUUCAGAUUUGGUACUGAGCGACUAAUAUCUAGUCUAUUUUACAAAAAAUCUGGUUAGUCUAUUUAUUUUAUGUUAAUAUAAAAUCGUUAAGACUUCUGUGUUGUACUAGCGCUGUCCUUUUCUAUCUUACAUUUGGAUAGCACUCAACUCAAGUGCGAGCAGGUUCGAUAGUGGGAAGUGUUUAUAGUUUAUCUAAUCUGUGCUAUACGCAAUGUGAUACGUGUCCUCGCUAACGUAGACUAGCCUCUCGCUAGUUAGCUAACUUAUUUACCUUAUUGUAACUACGAAUGCAUUUCAGCUUCAUUUUCAACUAAUUUAUUUCGAUUGAUUAAGUAGGUUUUUAUACGAUUUUACAAUAGUGUCGUUUCUUUGGAUGAGUCUCGGAUCUGUUGCAGUAUUAAAUCUAUCGAUUGUGAUAUUUAAAUGACCGUAAGAAGAUUCAGGCGUUUUGGAUAAUAUUACAUUUUUCCUUUUCCAAUUAGAAAUCUAGAAAACACUUUGUAAAAUACCUGACAUAUGUAGUUAUUCCUUAUCAUUGGGAGUUAAAAAGUCCUUCCCGUUUCAGUCACAAAUGUCGGGUCAAAUCUUUGCAUAUAGAUUUUAAAGUGAAUUCCACGAUUCUUUCGCAGAAACGACACUUUAGACUAGAAUAAUGGAUAUGGGGGCACGGAAGUGAACCCCGACAAGUUUUACUCUUCUUUCCUCGUUUGUAGAUAGCGUAGGUUGUACACUUGUGACUUUCCAUUUUUAUUUUAAGAGAAAAAUGGCUAAGCACUAUUGUACCCGUACUAACUUAAUUUUCUACUUUAAUAAUUUAUUUAAUUUAUAAAUCACGAACUCAAGAUGUGUAUUUAAUAUCCUUUUUGGUUUAGGUAUAAGGUGCAUGGUCCAUUAAAUAGUAACAACAUAUCGUCCUUUAUUUGAUUACGUUAUUUGUGAGGUUAUUGUUGAGUUUCGUUUAAUAAAAUAUAUACAA